AUGGCUGCCCACCGAUUGGUCGAGCUGCUCGUUUGCCUCGCUUUGGUCACCCCAUCGAUGGCAGUCUACCCAUCACAAAAUCCAAGACUGACCUGUCACUUCUACUCCAUGUUUGUCAAUGACUUCGACCGCACUGAAAACAACCGCGUUUGCACCGCAUAUUUCCACGUGCCAACCAAAACCUUCAAGUUUGAAGGAACUUGGAGAGAUCCAAAGAAAAUCAGCCCGAGCUACAACUUCACUUCCGGACAAGAUUGUCAAAUCAAGAUGAUGGACGGCGAGGAGAUCUAUGAGUGCUUCUGCUUCACACCACUCUGCAACACACCAUACAGUGUCGAUGAUUUUGUCGCAAGAGGAUACACUUUGAGACCAACCUACACCCGCUCAUCCUCGUCCAACUGA